AUGUCAUUCUCAGAACAAGAAUGUGCAAGAUUAUUAAAACAAUUAAAUGUUGAUAUUCAACCAUUGAAUCGAUCAUCCUUUAUCUACAAAUCUAUUGAAAAGUAUAUUCACACUGGUCUGUCAUUAGAGUCUUUGAAAUAUGACAUUCAAUGUCAAGAUAUCUUAGAGGCAUGUAGAGAAAGUGACAAGUUUAAAUCAUUCCCAGAAAAGACUGUCAACAAGACUAUGCAUCAACCCGUCGUCAUUGAUGUCAAUGACCAAAUAUUCAAUGUUGAUGAUGAUGACGAUGAUGAGGAUUUUAAAAUUGCUAUUGCUAAUUCGCUAGCAACGACUACUACUACGACUACUACUAUUCCAAGACCACUUGGAGUAGGCUCUAAUAGAAUGCCAGAUGCACCUAAACGACCAUUACUUUGGUAUGGUUGUAUCAUGUCAAGUGUAGCUGCUAAAAUAUUAAAUGGAGUACAAACUUCAACUAAUCCCUAUACUGAUUAUCAAGCUAUAUCAUUAUUUGAUAAUGUUGUUGCAUGUUGUAGGAAUAUUGGUUUAUUGACAUUUGAAAGAGAGAUUGGAAACAAUAUAGUAAAGACUAGUUCCAAUAAAGGAAUAUUAAUGUUGUUUGAAGUAAACUAUCGAUCCAUAAAAAUACCGGUUGACUCUCUCAUUGACAAGGAUCGUAGUCGUCAAUAUAUGGAUGCUAUCAAUAAUUUUAAUGAUGAUCAAGAUACUGAUCCAGAGGAUAAUGAUGAGAAUAAUAAUAAUAAUAAUAAUAACACCAAGAAAUCUUUAUCGGAACGUUUUGUCUAUUGUAAAGAUAUUUAUGACACUAUAACUGACAGAAAUCAAUUAUUACAAUUAACUGGAAAAUAUACUCCAAAUCCCCAAAAUAGAAUCAAUGUCGAUGAUAAUACAUAUAUACCAUCUGGAGAUUUAGUAUAUUCUACAGAGAUUAAACAACCAAAUGGAUGGAUGGAUGGAUUCUUAAAAGUUUGGGGAAAUUAUAAUCAAUACUUGCUAACAAAUCAUCACAUGUUGAAAUUAAAAUAUUUAAUCAUUGUAAAUUGUACAGAUAAAAAACGACACCAACAGCAAUCCAAACAAAGUUCUUCACCCUCGGCUACUGCUGGUAAAACAAAAAAUAAUAAUAUUAAUAAUAAUAAUAUUAAUAGUUCUACACCUCCUCCUUCAAAGUCCAAUAAUAAUCAACGCCAAAAAGAUACUCCUAAACCAAAGAUCUUUGGAAAUAAUAACAAUAAUAAUAAUAAUAAUAAUAAUAAUAAUAAUAAUAAUACUAACACUAAUACCAACAAAGAUAUUUGGUCAAGUGUUUUUGUUAAAAAAAGACAAACACCCGAUGACAAUGAAGACAAUGUUUCAAAGGGUUCGACGACCACAACUGUAAAUCAAAAUAAUAAUAACAACAAUAAUAAUAACAAUGGGUUCCCAGACGAAGACACCGAUGAAGAUGUUCCAAUAACUCAUCAUCAAACAAUCAAAAAGCAAAGAAAGGAUGACGAAAGAUAG